AUUAUUAAAGAUCAGGGUCAAAAGCACUACACAGCUGAUUCAAACUCAUCAAGCUUUGAUUAUUUGAAUCAACGUUUCACACAUUUUGGCAGACAAGAAUUCCAUUUAUAUCUUCUAAUCUCUGAAAAAUAUAAUUUCCCCCCCAAAAUGUAAUGAUAAACUAGUAGCGCUACAUAUUCCUGAUUCAAACUACAAUGACGAUUCCGCUUGACUUUUCCCAUUCAAACUCAAAUUGUAGAACUGACUCUGAAGAUACUGGAUAAUUGCGUGUGUCAAAUGCCCUGUAGUCUGUCCCUUUAAAUGCUCCCAAAUCUUUAGCUCGGCAAUUAGUAGUUCUGUCAUCCUCAGGGACGGACACAAUGUUACUGGUAGAGAGCAUGUCUGGGUGCUCCACUAUUCCGUGCUAAACUUAGCCCUGGCAAUACCUCCUCUCAUCACACUAAGGUGCUUUUGGGUUACAAUGGAACCGGUGAAUGGUGUAGAGUUACCACCAAUGGCGCUGGAUUGCGAUAGGAACACUGGUCGAACAAGGUGUGCUUGGAGAAAUACCAGACUCCACUGACUUUAUUCACUCCACUCUGUCAUUUUUAGAUAGAAAUUCUUAGCUUCUGGAGCUCUUUUCUCUUUUUCAUUCUGUUACUCUACAUAUCACCUUGGCGUUCUUCUGUGUCACCAUGGGCAACUAUAGCUCUGCCCUCACCGCGGACAUUGAAGAUUUUGAUGCUGUCGUUUCGGUCACUGAGACGCUAAAUCAAUUGGCAGCACACGUGGAAGACGAAAGGUUUCAGUCACAUAUUCUGUCAUUGGCUGCUCAGUCUAACCCUGACUUACAGGAAGACGUACAGGUGGCCCCUACACAGGAGGGAGAGGCGAAAGAGGAGCUGGACCUCUCCUCUCUCAUAUCACACAUCAGCACCCAGACAGCACCUAUAAACACCCCUGUUUUACCUGUGACUGAAAAGAAGCCUCACCGCCCUCCAAGGCACACAAGGCUCUCCUCUUCAUCAUCCACUGUUGCCAGUGUUCCCCACCCCUUCUCCACCCUCCUCCCUGGGGCUCUCUCUGCUAUCCUGCGUGUGACCCUGCCCCCUCACCUCACCUCUAACCCCAAGCCCAGGAGGGAGCCAAGUGCCCAGGGCCCACUGACCCUAGAACAGCUGCAGACAGAGCUCCGGGACCUGAGGGACGAGGUAGAAAUUAUGAAGAGCCAGCACAACAAAGAGAUUCAACUGCUGAUGAAUGAGCUGGAUGAGGAGAAAAGGAUUCGUUUGUCAAUACAGGUACUGUGUGUCUGUCAGCAGACCUCUACAUAUGAUCCAAGUACUGAAUAUAUCACUCUAUUGGAGAUAUACCUAACAGAGAUGUUUACCGACACUAUUAGGGGAAAAUGGGGUUCUUCGUCUGUUGCCAUAACUCUUUCUGGGUUCCAUGUAGAAAUCUGUGGAAAGGGUUCUACCUGGAACCAAAAGUAGUUUUUCAAAGGGGUCUCCUAUGGGGACAGCCAAAGAACCAUUUUAGGUUCUAGAUAGCACCUAAUACAAUGUGUAGGCAUUGUAUUCUAGAUGCAUUUGAUGACCAACCUUUCCUGACUUAAGACGAGCUCUGUUUAUUACAGUCUAGAUUGAUGUAGAUGGUUGUAAUGAUUUAUCAUUAUGCUGUGCUUGCUUGCUGUUGUCCAAUUGAUGUUA